CAACUCGAGAGUUUCACGCGUGUUGGAAAAGUCUAAAAUAGAGGCCCUGAAUAAAACAGUAAUAAUAAAAAUAAAGCACACCGAUUGUGAGUGUGAUUUCAUCAAUGCUACCGUCAAAAUCUCUGCGCUUCAUUCGGCGCGUAGAGCACGCGGUGCGAAUCGUUGAACGAUACUCGCGUCUUGGUUAAAAAUAACCUUCUGGUAACGCGAUACGGAAUAUCCCGAUAUAGCCGUUUCUAUUCGGCUUAUUUAUAGCGACUUUCCUCCUCCCAUUCGCUGUAACUCUCAGUUUCUCCUCUGUUACUACUCUCUCGUCUUGAAAAAAUCUAGUCGUCUUUCGGGCAUUCGAUUUGCCCGCUGGACCUGAAGCUCGCCGGGUCGUCAUUGCGGCUGCAAAAUUCAAGGUUAUCAAAGCAUCCUUUUGUAUCUAUAUCCCCUCUUCUGGGAGUCCGCAAGUGCUGUGCGAGGGACAAUAAACUUGUGUGAACUCGUCGCGUGUCGUGAAAUGUGCAUGACAAGGCGCUUCUGUCCUCGUCCUCAUCAGUGACACUCUCCAACUAAGUUUCUCAGCUCUGUUUACGCUCUCUUACCAACUUUCGUUGGGUCUGAAACAAAGUCCGAAGCGACGAAUCCUGGAAACGAGACUGCGAUCGCUUUCUCUUUUAGUUUUCACCAACCCAUGGGCAUCGCCCUGCGUUACGAGUAGAUAACGCUUUAAACCAAGUGCCAAGAAGUUUGAUCGACACAAGAUGAGCAUACCAGAGAGCGUUAAGAAGUGCGUGGCCAUCUUGAAGAUGGUUAGCAACGACUCGGAGAAGUUUGCCGCGCUAUUUAUGGUGACUAAACUGGUCGACGGAAAGGACUGCACUCCGGCGGCAAAGAAGCUAUUGUUCGAAGCGAUCGGGGCAAAGUUUAUGCGCAAGCUUUUGUCCAGCGACGAUGUUCCCGUGGACUGUCCGCCCCAGGUCUACAAGUCAGUCGCGCUAUCCAUUCUGUCCGCUUUCUGCGGCGACGAGGAACUUGCCGCGCAUCCUGACAUGGUGGGACACGUUCCAGCGUUGUUGGAAAUCGUCUCCAAGGCUGACGACGACGCUCCCGACGAUACGUUGAUCAUCGUGAGCGAAGCUUACGCUUGUCUACAAAGCAUCGCUCAAUAUCCGCCGGGUCAGAAGGCGCUGCUGCAGCAGAAGGCGAUACCAAAGAUGUGCGAAAUCUACGCGGAGAAGAGCUUCCAGACGGACGAAGCGCUGAAUAUCCUGGUAACCCUGGUCACAACAUUUGGACCGGACGCCUGGGACGCGGUGGACACAAAGCCGUUUCACGCCAUAAUAAACAAAAUUGCGCUGGACUUUGAGACGGAUCACACGGAGCGCAAAUUUGAAGUCUGCACCAUACUCCAGGCGCUGCUUUCGUCAUGCAGGCAAAAUGCCAUUGAGGAGACGUCCAAGGAGGAGUCGUGGCCCGGCAGCAUCCACAAGGCGCUGAACGAUAUCCUUGGCUCAAGAAUCGGCAAGAAUCAGAGAGACCCGGCACUCAAACUCUCCGCUGUAAUGCUUGAGCUACUCGGCGUCGAUUGGGCACUUUCGGACGAGGAGAAACCCAAAGUAUUCUUCCUUUUACUAGUCCAGCUCUCGUCGAUCGAGGUCAGGAUGCAACUGGAGGGUAAACAGCUGAAAGCUGUUGUCGCCAAUGCAGAUUUAAUCACGUCGUGUUUCACUAUACUGGAGAUAUCGCUCGCCUACAUAACCAGCGACCAGUUAGACCUAGAGCAGAAAGAGAAACAGUCUUUGUACACGGCGCUGAAGGGCGCAUUUGCCGCGGUAAUCGGCCUCCUCACCGCCGUCUCAAAGAUGAAAGAGCUCACCGAUGUAAAGGAGCGCCUCUUUGUCUGUGCCAUGGUUCGCGUUCUCGCCGCCUGGUUGGCUCAGGAGACGUCGGCGAUGCGACCCCAAGUCUAUUCGGUCUUGCCGUACGUCCUGACAGUGGCAAACGACACGUUCUACGCUCAUCGAAAUCGGAAAAUGUCGGAAAAAUCCAAGGCUGCGGCUAAGCCUGAGGAAGGAAACUCCUCCGGCGAACCUGUGGUCCACGAUCCCCUCAGCCAGGUCGAUGUGCUGAGGCUACUGCUGCCGGCGCUUUGUUAUCUGGCCGUAGAGGAGGAGGCGCGGAAAAUUUUGCUCAAGCACAAACAGGAGGAAGUGCUUUUUGAAUGUUUGUCCUACCACUGGACCAUUGUCUAUUACAAGAAGCCGCCUGUCCCGAGGUCAGAACGUCUGAAAGCGCUCAAAGAACCGGAGAAGGAACUCGACCCUGCGCUACUCAGCGAAAUGAAGGACUCUAGAGCCGCGAUGGUCUCCGUCUGCAAUGUUCUGAUGAAUAUAACUGUGCUGGAGGCGAAGAUGGUGGAGGAAUCGCCGACGUUUGUAUCGCUGCUGAAGUUCAUAUUCAACAACCUGCCGGAGCUCAAGCAGAUCCCCGAAAACCUGGUGCUGCACGGACAUCUCGCCAUACUCGGACUUCUUCUGCUGAAACAGCAGGCCAAGCGCGUCAAGAAAAACGACUUUUCCAUAUGUCGCUAUAUUCAGGCGACCAUCAGGUUCCUCUGGGACGCCUACAUCGUCGACGAGAGUAACGAUCCGACCGAAUUAGUCGUAGCGAUAUCUUACAAGGAACAUUGGAUGGAAAUAAUGGAACUGUGGUUCCUCGGCAUGCAGACAAUGGCCGGCGUUCUUCAACUCGUUCCCUGGCUGUCGGAAUUUGCCAUUGAAUCUGGCUGGGCCGAGGGAAUCAUUGAAACUUUGAAAAAAGUAAAGGUCGGAGGCCUGCCACCCAACGUUAAAUCCGCUUACGAAGAUCUUCUCUGCCACUUGGUAACGGCCGAUGAAAGCGUCGCCGCUGUACUGAAGAAAUGCGGCGCCUUGACAGUCUGCAGAUCGCAUCGUAUGAUGGAACUUGGAAAACAUCUUUUCGGAGAUUAGAAAUUGCGUUUCUAUUUACCCAAGUCCGCGGCCACACCCGCAUUCAGGUGUAUCGCAAAGAGGAAACCGAUGUAUCAAGGACAUUUCUUUGAAUUUUUUUUCACCGUAUUUAUAGCUUAGAUAUCGCGGAUACUGUCCAACCAAAUGUAUUAUCCUUCCAAAUUUGAAUUCAAAUGUAUCUCGGAGAAUGAGCCAAAAAUAUCACGCCUCAUAGCCAAAGCUGUUAAUCAUACCGUUAGCACCGUCGUUUUCCUAAUCAAGUUUGACUUUCCGCUGCACUUGGCUAAGUCGCACGUGUCAAACAAACUAUGCACUAUUCUAAUGAAUAUAUUUAGUCCGUGUUGAGAGUAAAAAUAGAUCGACGACAACGCCGAGCGCAGUUGAGAUAUCACUUUCGCUAAGGACCUCCUUGGUCGUAUGUCUUUCCAACGCUUAGAUUCUGUGGUAUAAUUAGAUUAUCGGUUUCAUCUUGGCUGGAGGCAACAGCUGCGGAUACGACACUCACAUGAUUUGUACUCCCUGUUUUUAGCGCAGACUCGACUUGAGUGUGUGUGUGUGUGUGUGUGUUAUGCCGUACAUCUGUUACUAGGCAAUAGAACAAAGAAAGAGUAAAAAAAAAAUGUAUACUAGCAAUUUCAGGACAGAUUUUCAAUAUUCGAUGCUCCUUCGAUAUUUUAUCCCGUUGACGAAAAUUUUUGCGGAUACCUUUCCAAUGCAAAAAUUUCCUAUACAACUUCGUUAUUCUAUGCAGUUGCUUUUUUUUCCCCUACUUUUCUAUCUUUUGUACUUUUUCUCCUAGUUGUUCAACAUUCGAAUUACGUUUAAUUAGUAUGUACUACACUUGUGUAUACUUAAUUAAACUCAAUUCUAUACGAUGCUAUGUUAUACUAUAAAUUGUCGCGUGUGAGAGACUGAUGUGCCGAUUUUAACGGCUGUGUUAUUUUUAUUUUUGUAUCUACAAAAUUUCAAUAAACAUAUACACUAUCUAUAAUA